UCCAAACGCCACAAUAGGUCUCCACUACGGACUCGAGCUGACUCGUCUGGAAUCAUGAUCUACCAUCAUGAUGGGUAUUCUCACAACAUUUCGACGAAGUUAUCAUAAUUACAGUAUAUUUAUAGUGCUGAACUUGAACAAUGAUCUGCGAAUGAUAAUCCAGAUCUUCCACUCUGACGCUCAUCCGAGUCAUGGACUAUCAAUAAUACUCCAGUCCUAUGGCUCAGCGGCCUGUGCUUACAUUAAUAGUUUUAUGCUCCGCACUUCCCUAAAUCAGAAGUGGACGAAGUUUUUGCGAGACCUCUUCAUAUGGAUACCUGCAUGGAAUAAUGUCAAGACCUGUUGCGAUUACCUCACCGCCAUGAGCCGGAGACCGGCAGGAAAUUCGAGGUAUGUGACACAGCAGUCCUGACUGGUCUCUUAUAGUACGUAUGGUUUCGUACGAUGUCCUUUCACACUUCAUGACCUCUCUCACACUACCCAACGUCUUCGCAAAGCCACAGCAAGAUCAUGGAGUCUUUCCUUUGCACCCAAUAGGUACCCGUCACACGUGUUCUAUGAUGCUCGAACGAGUACAAACACACACUACGUCGUCAGAUCACCAAUUGGCUUCACCGGCAGUCAUUAAGCAGCGGCAGGAAUCAGGGAGGCCCGGGCGAGUGCUUGCCAUUCUAUGCACUCUUCUGCAUAUCAUUCUUGUCCUCCUCCACGUUGCUAUUCUUGCGCUCAGCAUUUCGAGUAUCGAGCACCGUCUAGUCGUCCAAUUGACAUCUGGCAAUGAAAUCUGGGUCACUAUAAUAAGUGCAUCAUCACAGGCGUUUUAUGUGAUCUAUUGCACGAUACUCGUUUACUUAAUGCAACGAUUGACAUUCCUCGAGAACGUGACGCGACACCAGACGAUAACCGCUCUUCAUGAUACAGUGAACGCAUGGAAGGGUCUUGGUUCUGCGCUGGAGUGUCUUCGGCGACAAUCAACAAUCCCGGCAUCAUGGUGGAGCAUAUUGUCCAUAACGGCCUAUCUUACAUACCUAGACAUGAUGACGAUCCAGUGGCAAACCAUCAGUGCAUUGGUUCCUACGUUAGGCCGAUUCGCCAAUCCUCAGGGCAUGGGACUCCACGGUGCCACUUUAUACGACAUCAUUCAGUCUACCGAUACAUCUGGUCGCGCCAUUGUUAAUGCAUCGUCGUUCAGAGCGAAUUGUGGAUUAGUUCGCAAUUCCAUGUUAAACUAUUCUCCUGAAAUUAACGCUGACAAUUUCGGAUAUCUUACACUCAACCCGCCAAUAUCAAAGCUCAAUCAUACCGUGGAAUUUAGAGCUAGACUUGUGCAUCCAUAUCCAGAUGAGGUUACGAUAAAUCCUGCUAUCUCCUUAUUCUUUCCAGGACCGACUGUUGCUUUCACAGCCUCGACCGCUAUGAACUCGAGCCAUUUACCCGGCGAUGAAACAGUUCAACACGUGUAUUGGGCAUAUCCUCAUAUGAACUUCAUAGGUAGUCCCCAGCCUCCCCUGAAUCAUAGCAUGUACGACGUCCAUAUAGUGGCGUGCACUAUUGAUGUUCAACCCCAUGUCGCCACUGUUGAUGUACAGACCAAUCAACUACUGGGUCUUUCUCCAUCCCUUGAGCCGAUUGUUUAUGGCGAAUGGGAGGCAUGGUCACCGCCGGAGGAAGAACCGAAAUGGGAUAUCUGGUCACCGCCGUCAGCAAGUGCAUUGCAUCAUGAAAAAUGGCUUGUUUCUCCUUUCGUAGGCGGGGCACAUCAUCCCAUUGGCUGGUGCAUGAAUCAGGACCGAGCAUCGUGUUAUGGGUUAUCUCUUUUGGAAAUAUAUUUUAUGCAGCAGAUUGGAAUAAAUAUCAUCUUUCCCGACCCAGCAAGAUACGGAGGCUUCUCUGUCCUGAACCACGCUCCUCCAAUUCCGAAGAAAAAUUCUGUGGCCUAUGCCGCACUUCUAUGGACAGGCGGACAGCUCGGCGCCAACGGUGGCGGGUUUGAUCGGAAACCUGAAAACACCACCAUUUCACAGCAGGUUCUGCAAUGGCACCUUGGUAUAAACUUAUGGCCCCUUGCAUUUGCGCUCACCUGCUCUCUGCUUAUGUUAGCGUUAUCAAUGCGCGUAACAAACGGGAUGCAUAGGCGGAACUAUACAAUGCCUAUCGAUAGCGCUGGCAUUCUCCAAAUCAUUUGGCUUGCGAAUCGCUUCCGUGUACUGACAGACCUUUUGAGCGACGUCGAGGAUCCGCAAGAGGAUAACCUUCGUGCUGCUGGGAUGGUCGAUAUGGACCUGCUGCGGGAGUUGGAUGACGUGCCAGUAGACGAUUGUUAACAGCUAUGUGGAGAAGAGAUGAGACGAAAAGAGAUUGGCAUGAUUGACUACAUUCUCAAUGAAUAUGGCGUAUUGCGUGAGGAGGCCAUAUACUUGUAAUAAAAUGUAAUGGGAACUGAAAGUAAUGUGGAGCACACUGAAUGACGGCGGCGGGGUCUGCUGUGACGUCG